CAUUGUUUAUCAUGGAGGAAUGUAAACUAAUCCAAACAACUUGUUUCUAUCCCUAAGAGAAAAAAGAGUCUUUUCCCAAUCAAACAUAAUGGAUCGUUAUUCCAAGAAAAAGUCACCAGAUGAUGCAGCAAAGAGAAAUCUAAAGGCAGAAGCAAUGCAAGAAGUUCUUCCAGGUUAUGAAGAGUAUUUAGUUCUACUUCAGGAAAGAAACAGAUUGCUUAAGAGACUGAGAAAGAAAUCUAAGAAGCAGAUUGACAUUGAAAGAAAGGAACAGGGAUUUUCUAUCUAUGUAAAUGGAGCUAACACAGAGAUGUUGGCUAAAAAACAGAAAUCACACGCACAUCAAGAAACUCCUCAAGAUGACAGACCUACCUCGGGUAGACUAAAAACUGCAGGAGAUGUAAGUAACAAAAGGGUUUUGAAUCUAGAAGACCUUAACGCAAUAUCACAGAUGGAAAGACAAAAGAUGGCAGAAAGAAACCGAGCUAAAACAGCCCCAGCUAGAGAGAGAAGACGAAACUGGCAGGCAGCAUCUGUAGAAAUAAAGACAGAGAGAGGAGAAAAUAGGAGAAUAAAAGCACCAGAAAUGAUAACUGGAAAUUAUGAGGAUGAUUUUGAAGAUGAGGAUGAUGAUGAUGAUUAUGACGAUUCUGAUGAUGAACAGCAGAUGAGAGCUAGUAUGUCUCAGUAUUUAUCAGAUGAUGAUUCGGACAGCGAUAUUGAGAUAGAUGCUUCCAGACAUAACAGAUUCAAUAAAUUUAAGUCGCCUCCAAAGAAAAACACAGCUGCAAUUAACGAGGGUAUAAAGAAGAAAGGAAAACCUUUAGCAAAGGAGGAAGGGAGAAAUGAGAAAUUAGAACUUAGUAUUUCUGAUGUCAAGAAACUGCGACAGAGUUUAUGUAUGAAUGCCAGCAUCAGAGAAAGUCUUGCCAAAGAAGUCAGCUCUGAAGAAGAACUAUCUGACAGAGAAUCUCCUAUUCCUGAAGAAGAUGAAGAUAUAAUGGAGGACCUUGUUCCAGCUACAGAGAGUGUUGAGGAGAAGAAAGCACCUGUUUUCAAACCUACAGAUACUAUUGUACUAGAGUUAGCUUUACCUCAACAAACAAAGAAAGUGCAGCAUAAUUUAUCAGCAGCAAGGAAGAAAGAUAUUGAUGAUGACACAAAUGGUUACAGACCACAUCGCAAAGAUCCAAUCCCUUCUAGCCCUAGAGGUCAAAAGUCAAAGGUUGACAGUGUAUUACAGGCCAAUGUGCCCUCGAGGUCCAAACAAGAACGUCCUUUAUCAGCCAACAGACGUAAUCAACCUGAGAAAGUUGAUACUAAUGAGGAGGCUUCAGCUGUUAUGGCAGCAUUAAAAGCAGAGAAUGAAAAAGCAUCAAAAUUAAUUAGAAAUACUCCCUCUACACCUGAUAGAUCUAAACCAAGACCUUCCAGUUUGAACCCCCAGAGGAAGUCUGUGGAAGCAAGGCCAAUGAGGACACCAACUAAAGACAAAUCAGAAGUUAGAGAUUCACGCAACGUAAGCAGAUCUAAAGAUGGCCCUUCUGUAAGGAAGUCUCAACAAGUUAGAGAGUCUAUUCAAGGGAGAGAAUCUGUAAAUGUUCCACAAUCACCUAGACAGGAAACAAGUGAAAGUUUCCUGAAGAAUGAUAAACUGACUGAGAUAAUGAAGAAAGUUCUACUCAUGCAACCAAAACAGCAGAAGAAGUUAAUGACAGUUUUAACAAAGAUAGAAAGUUCAGUAGAUAAUGAACCCAAACAGAAACCAAACACUCCAGUAAAAGCUACAGAACCUGUCAACAACAUGGUUAAUAGACAGUCAAAGAAUGUCAGAUCUGGCAAGAGUCGCUCUCCAGAAGAAAUGACCGAGGUUAAUAUAGAACUGGUAUCCACAUGGGGACAUAAAGAACAGAUAGGACUAACAGAGUUACAGUUCUUUGAUAAAAACAGGAAGCUGAUACCAAUAAGUACCAGUAAUGUUACUGUACAUGGAGCUAGGGACAACAGCAAUCUGGUUGAUGUGUUAUUUAAUGGGAAAGGAAAGACAAAUAAAGAUAGAAACAUGUGGUGCUGUAGGUAUAAGAAAGGAGUACCUGUAGAAAUGUGUAUUCUGUUACCUGUGUCAUCACCUGAACUUUUGUCUAGGGUCAAAAUAUGGAACUACAAUAAAAGUAUGCAAGAUUUAGAGAUAGGUGUAAAGCAUGCGAGGAUAUUUAUUGGUGGAGAACUAGUGUUUGAUGGAGUUGUUGAGAAAGGUUGUGGUAACCAGGUGUUUGAUUAUGGUUUUAUUAUUAACUUAAAUGAAAUGGAAGAUCAGCCUUCACCUAGAAGUCCUAAACCGUCAUCACCAGCUCAUGUAUCUCCUACGCCACCAUCAAGACCUACUGAUGUCUAUUCAGAACCAAAGGUACAGCAUCGACCUCUUCCCAAACCUCCAUCUCCUGCCAGACAAUCUAGGACUGAGAAGUCUGUUAAAGCCUCUAAUGAAGUGUCUCAGCGUAAAGUCCGUAAGUCAACGUCACCUGUUGGACAGUCAAGAAAUGAAGAUGUUAUAAUGACUAAACCUAAACCUGUCAAAAGGAAUAUUUCAAAUUCUCCAUCUCCAGCCAGGCCUGUCAGUGGAUCGUCCAAUUCCUCUAAUGAAUCAAAUCAGAAACCGUCCAGACCUCUACCACAAGUACGUAGUGAGACAAGGACAAUGAACCACUCUGAUAGAAGACUGCCGAAACCUGUUGUAUCUGAUAGACAAGGCAGUGACACUGAAGAAUAUCACAAAGAUGAAAGCAAGCUUCCAGGAAGACAUAAAGGGUCCAGGACCCCUAGAAAGUCCAAACGUAUGGCUGCCAAGCUGGAUGGACAUUCAUCAACAGAAACUGACUCUAGACAGUUUUCAGAUAGUGCUGAUGGGCGGAGGUCUCCACUUGUUCAGAAGGAAGAAAUGGUUAGCAGCCAGUCAGCAUUGCCAUCAGAACCAGUUCAUGAGCCUACAACACAAUAUAGUGCCCCUCCUCAGUCUAUCAAGGACCCUCCAUCAGACCAUAUAGCUCCUCUAGACCCUCCGUCUCAACAUAGUACUCUAUCUCAAAGUGAAGAUGACAUUCCAAUGAUACAGAAACUUCAACAACUCAAUCACAAACAGCAACCAGAUCCAAGUAAAAAGAAAGGACCACCAUCUUGGUUAAAGAAUGAAGAUUUAUCUGGUCCAUUUGAGGGUCCUCCAUCCAGUAGACAGGGAACCCCUGUCAAUCAAGCACCUGUUAAAAAUGACGACCACAUGUAUCAGACUAAGCAGGAUGAUAUAGACAUGCUCAUAGAUGAGGAAUUAGCCAUGUGGCCAAAAACUGGAAAAUCAGAAUUAAAGACCGUGUUUGAUGCUGAUAAAGUCAAGCCAGAGCCUAGUAAAGAAGAUGGUAAAGCUACACCUAUGCAGAAAAUUAAGGAAAACCGAUCAAAAUGGCGGGAAAAUCAGAAAAAGAAUCUUGAGGAAUCAUGGGGAUCGCUGACAAUGUUUGAUAGACAACAGAAAGGCAGAAUCUCUAUGGACUUAGAUGAUGAUUCAUUAGAUGAAUAUCUGAAUCCAUCAAAGAAACAGAUACCAAAAGAAGCCCCUAUCCAGGAAGAAGAUGAUGAUUUAGUGGAUUCUAUCUUAAAUGAAGUUCCUGGGGAUGAAGAUUUCAUCAUACCAGAACUGCCAUAUGGUAAAAGCUUGGUUAUUGAUAUCAUAUCAACCUGGGGUGAUAGACAUUAUGUUGGUCUAACAGGGAUCCAGUUGUUUACAUCUACAGGGGAUGCAGUUACAGUAUCAAAGAUAUCAGCAGAACCCUCAGACAUUAACAUCUUAGAUGAGUACAACAAAGAUCCACGUGUCAUUUCUAAUGUCUUAGAUGGAGUCAACAGAACCAGAGAUGAUGUUCAUAUGUGGUUAGCUCCCUUUACAGAAGGAAAACAUAAUUAUAUUAACCUGACUUUUGAUAAACCUUGUAAAAUAGCUUUAAUGAGGAUAUGGAAUUACAAUAAAUCCAGAAUACAUUCUUAUCGUGGUGCCAAAUAUGUUAUUAUUACAUUAGAUAAAAGUGAGAUAUUUAAAGGAGAGAUAGAGAGAGCAUGUGGAGGAAUAGAAGGAGGGACAGAAGCAUUUGGUGAUACAAUACUGUUCACGACAGAUGAGAACAUAUUAGAAUGUGUAUCACGUAAUGAUGAUGCGUAUGAGGGUGAAAUGUUUGACAGUGAUGAACCAGAUGAUGUGCCGUUUGAAAGACCCAGAACAGCUGAUGCUGGAGAUGAAAAUAGACCAUUCACAAGAGCAGUUGGCAAUAUAGAUGGCAGCACAUCACCUUUACCUCCAAGACCUGCAACAAGUAUGGUCACGGAGGGAGAUGUUAUUGUGUUCAAAGGGAAAAAACUGUUGCUUAGUUUCACUGCCACUUGGGGAGAUAUGCAUUAUUUGGGACUAACUGGGUUAGAGGUUGUGGGUAGAGAUGGAGAGGCAUUACCUGUGAAUAUCAACAUGAUGAAUGGUAGUCCUAGAGAUCUACACUCACUUCCUGGACAUGAAAAUGACGACAGAACACUUGAUAAAGUGAUAGACAAUAACAAUUUGACAACAUCAGAUGAACACAUGUGGAUGAUACCAUUUACAGAGGGACAAAAUCACACGUUAUCAAUAGAAUUCAGUCAGACUCAAAUGAUAUCGGGACUGAGGGUGUGGAACUACAACAAAAGCAGGGAGGAUACCUAUAGAGGGGCCAGAAUUGUUCAUGUAACAAUAGAUGAUAAACAAGUGUCUCCGCCAGAAGGAUAUCUGAUAAGAAAGGGUCCUGGUGUCUGCCAUUUUGACUUUGCUCAAGAAAUAAGUUUUGCUCCACAAACCAAGCCACCACAACCAACAGUAUCAAAGUCUGAAUCUAAACAUCUCAGGAAAUCUACCAUGUCUACAGAUGAAGCUAGUCAGGAAUAUGAGAAUGUCCAGAUGCCCUCUGGAUUUAUAUACCAGUUACAAAUGAUUACAACAUGGGGUGAUCCAUACUAUGUUGGAUUGAAUGGUCUGGAAUUUUAUGAUGCUCAACACAACAGGAUAGAAUUGACAGAAAACAAUAUCUCAGCUUAUCCCGACAGUGUUAAUGUAUUAGAUGGAACAUCAAAUGAUGUCAGAACUCCUGACAAACUGAUAGAUGGUUUUAAUGAUACGCUAGAUGGUACUCAUAUGUGGGUGGCUCCUAUAUUACCAGGAAUCGUAAACAGAGUAUAUGUAAUAUUUGACCAACCAACAACAGUAUCGAUGAUUAAAUUAUGGAACUACAGCAAAACACCCAGUAGAGGUGCCAAAGAUUUUGCCCUUUUGGUAGAUGAUUUAUUAGUAUAUAAUGGUAAUUUACAAGCUGUCACUCAAGGAGCAAGGGGAAUAAUUCCAGGUGUCAGUGCUCCACAGAAAUACCACACCAUACUUUUUACUGAUAAUAAAGAAAUACUCAGGAAAGAGAAACACACUGUAAUAAGCAAUCAGACAGGUGACCAGGACAUUCAGUUGACCAAUGAUAAGCAAGUUGUCAGCCAUUAUAAUGAUCCUAAAAAAGCAGAGUCUGGAAAACCUGUUAAUCAACAAUUACGUCCCAAGACCAGUCUUGUAGCUACAAAGAAAAGAAGAUAGCCAUGCCCAAUAAAGCAUUGAUGCCAAUUUUAUGGUGCUAUGUGUAUCUGAUGCGAAUUAAUUGUGAUAGCUUUGUAAAUUAGUGACAUUAUUUAUUACUUAAGGUUGUGAAAAUUAUCUUCUAAGUGAUUUAUUUAUGAUGUUGAAUUUUCAGAGAUUUAAAAAUCAUGAAAACUUAUAUUAAAAAAAACAUUUGGAUGUUGUAACUAUGACGAAUAUUUCAAAGGUAAAAAAACAUCAACAAUUAAUGGAAAAAUAGUUGGUGCCAAUUAAAGCUGUGAACUGCAAUAUUCAAUGUUUAUAUUAGUGCUAAUGACUCAAAUUACUAAUUUGAUUAAUGAUUGCUAACAUUCCUGUUACUAUUAUAAUUAUAGAUUUGACAUUUGCAUCAAGAAUGAUAUGCUCUUUCUUCACUCUCGAUAGUUAAUUUUCAUAUAUUUAAUUUUUAACUGUCUAUAGUUGAGAAAAGUCAUACUUGUCUUAAUGCAAUAUUUAGAAUUCUUCAAUAAUUUUCACACAAUGUAGUGUAGACAUCAACAAAGUAUGUGUUCUUUUUGCAUGAAAUUGUCAGACAUGGUCAUCUUUUUUUAUGCAAUUUUCAUUAGUAAAAAUCAGAGAAAAGUAAAGAAAUUUAACAUUUUUACUGAGGGCUGUCCCAUUAGAACAUUCAUGGUACCCAGGGAAGGCACUUUGAAAAUGGGGUAACCACAGAAAAAGGAAAUUUUAGAAUUUCACUAACAUUUUCACAAUACAACAAAAACAUUUGACACCCACUUGUAGCUGAGAUUUUGAAGUGCCUUCCUUGGGCCCAAUGUAUGCUUUAAUGGAGCAGCCCUGAAUUUCUAUUAAUAAAGUCAACUGCUCAAGCUUAACUUGUUUAUGGAAAGGAAACUUGUUUCAGGAAAAGUAUCAAUCUGUGCAGAAUUAAAGGAUUGAAUUUCUUAAGAAAAAUAUUUUUGUUAUCUUGUAUUACAUUCCAAUUCUAUAGCAGUAUUUUAUCUGUACUCUGGCAGAAUAGAAGGAAUCUCUUUUAAAUCUUUCAAUGGUACAUUCAUUGUAGUAUAUACUUUACAAUAGAACAAUUGAGGUGAGACAAAAAAGUAGUUAGUUUUAUAUUACCGGUAACUGUUAAUUAUUUAACUAGAAAAAAUAUUAAUAAUGGAAAAGUAGAAUAAAUUUAACAUAAUUGAUGUAUCUCAGUUUAUAGCUUGAUUUCAAUGUAAAUGUUAUACUUAAAAGAGUAUUUUUCAAAUAAUUUGCAGUGCAGUUUAUGAAGUUUGUUGUGUUUACAUGAUUUUAAAGGUGGUUUCCUGUUCUAUCAAAUAUCAUUUUCUGUGUACUUUUAGGUUUUUACUUGUUUUUCAGUGCUUUUUUACUUGUUUAUAUUUUCCUUAAUGAAAGCUAUACUAAUGAAAAUUAAUUUAAAUUACUCUGUUAACUUUGUGAAAUUAAUGAAUAUCAGACUGAAAAUUUAUAUUUUAUAUACAGACAAAAUUUUUCAUGGAGGUUUGGGUUUUAAAAUAUAGUAGACAUUAACUUUAACUAGAAAUAUUAAUAUGAGAAUAUGUUACUGAAAUCUUCUUUUUUUUUCUCAAUAAAUCAUCUCUAAUUUGACUUACAAUCAAACUUUGUAGCUUGAAUACUAUACCAGAUCUGAUUCUUAAAAAAAAUGGAUGGCAAUUUAAUUGUUCUACACUAAAUAUGAUCAAAAUGCAGAAUUUUUUCAUCAUUUUAAACUGUUCCUAAUUUGCAAAAUUUCUCAACGGAGGCUAUCUAUUUAAUAAUAAAAAGACUCAUGUAUCUUUGAAGACCCUUUGUUCUUGCCAGUAUUUCAGAUUUUUCUGAUCAUAACUAUUGGUUAAAUCUGUCAAACAAUUAAUAACUGAUCGAAAUUUGGCAUAAAUUGUUUUACGAGUCAGGGUCUACUUUUGAAUUAUUAUAUGACCCUGUCAACUAUUUAAUGUAAUGAAAUGUCUUUCGUUAUUACAAGUAGAAGAAAGACAAAAUUGAAACUGUCAUUUAUAUUUUUUCCUGGUUGUUAACAUAUUUCAUGAUAUAAAAUCAGACUUGAAUGUAAGAAGGAAAUUGCAUCACCAUUUAUUCAAGUAUACAUUAAUACAUCUUCUCUGAUUGUGACAAAAUAAAUAAGGUUUAUACAAGCACUUCAUAAACGUAUUAUUAUUUUCUGCCAGAAAAGAACAUACAACAUUCAUGUCUUAUGGUUUUUGUGUCGUUGGUUUGCUGUCACAUUGACAUUUACCUCAUACAUGUAUCUUUAUUAUUUGUGUAAGCAUUAAUAUUGGCUCAUAUUUAUUAAUAGGACGUCAGUUUAUGUGGAAUUUGAGGAUUGAGAAGACAAAAAUUUUAACUCCUGAACAAUAUACAUUAUUUUCAGUUGAUUUUCCUAGUAUAAUUGAUAAACAUAUGGAGUCAUGAUCUUCAAAACAGAUCUUUUUUCAAUACAUGAAGGUUGCAAUAAUAUGAAAAUCAGGUGUAUUAGGUGGAAAAUUGAUGAAACUAGUUUUACAGUAAUAAGAUGUGCAACAUAAUGACAAGUUUAGUUCUCUAUAACAAUUUGUUUAAAUGUCAGUUUAUUUAAGUAUUUCCUUGCAAUAAAGAACAAACCACAAAGUUCUAAGGCCAUACAUUUGCUUGUAGAGGAUCAUUUUAGUUUUAAUGAUAUAGUUAUUGUACACAACUAUGUGAGAAGAAGAUUUUUACACUUUUUGUAAAAAUAUGCUACAAUACAUAAAAUACAUAUUUUUAUUUACCUGUACCAGGAAGGAUUAUAUUUUCAGCUAAGCUGAAGUUUUUUCAUGUUGUCUAUCCAUUCUUCCGUCCAUUUUAUCCUUGUUAUUGAAAAUCGUACAUAUCAUUUGUGAUAUUGUUAUUGUACAUUGUUAUUUAUAAUUUAUAUAAAAAUAAAAUAAUAGUUUAACUA